AACAUCGCAAUUUCUACAUGGCUCACGAGUAUGCUAUGUUAAGUACUGUAUGUAUCAAUCUGUUGACUUCGUUAUUUGUAUUAUGACAUCAUUCCUGGAUUAAACCUAUAUUUAUUUUAUCUUAAACGUGGAAUACGUCUAUCUUUAAUGGCAACAACGACCAUUACCGUGUGUCAGAUGGGUGCUAUUAAAGCUGUGAAAUAUAGUAUAAUGGCACUGGAACGUGUUGAAAAUUUCUACGGAAUAGAGAUCUUGAUGGCACAAGAAGGAACGGGUCUAUUUGAAAAACAAACAGCUGUUGUUACGACACCUUGAGGAAACAGCGCCAUCUGUCGACAAGCGCUGUCAGCGCCCGCAGGAAAGAGAUUCGCCGUCAGAUCGUUGCGGAAACGCGUGUAUGAAGUUUGGACGUUUGCGGCCCUUGUAGUGAAGUAGUGAACCAGGAAGAGCUGGUGGUUUUGUCACAGAAAGAUUUGAAUUAUUUUCAAAUUUGCAUACGUUGCUGCUGUUUUAACGGAGAAGGGGAAAAAUGUAACAACUAAAAAUUAAUCACCAUGUUUAUGACGGCAGCUCGAUACGCUUAACAACGACCCGAAAGCUGAAGAAAAGGGUCAAAUAAACAACCCACAAGCCUCUUCCCAGCCGGGAGGCUUGUAUGCACGCAUGUUUCCUGGCGUGCCCUAUGCAUGGCACUCCACACUCCCAUGAAUGGUAACAGUGUCGGUUCUACAGCCGUGUCCAGGCGUCUGUCAGGCCUGGUGCAGAUCACAGACUGCCUUUACCUCAGCAACGGCUCUGCCGCCAACGACAUCGCUCUGGUCUCCGCCUGCAAGAUCACCUGCAUCGUCAGCGCGACCAGAGACGCCGCGAACACCCCCUGCCCCUCGGUGAAGCACGUCCGGGUCCCGGUAACCGACUCGCCGCUCUCGCCCCUUGGCGAUUUUUUCGACACCGUGGCCGACACGAUCCAGCAGGUGGGAGAGCAGCACGGCCGGACUCUGGUGCACUGCAACGCGGGGGUCAGCCGAUCGGCCGCGCUGUGUCUGGCCUACCUCAUGAAGCACCGCAGCAUGACCCUCCGGGAGGCUCACACCUGGGUGAGGACUCGGAGGCCCAUCGUGAGGCCCAACAGGGGCUUCUGGAAGCAGCUGAUCAGCUAUGAACACAAGCUUUAUGGGAGUACCACAGUGAAGAUGGUAGCAUCAUCCAUCGGAGAGAUACCAGAUAUAUACAAAGAAGAAGUUAGGGAUAUGAUCCCGUAUUGAACAUUACAGUCAGCUAUAAUAGCAAAACUGCAAUUCUUCUAAGCUUCUGUACAUGCUGAUCUGAUGUGAUGAUAAUAUAUACUGCAUAGUGCAAGCCAUACGUUACUGGGACAAAUAAUCCCGUGGCAAAAACAUCUUAUGUGAAGUUUCUAUUGUAAGGUCAUAGCCUUACUUGCCAAAUAACUGCUUCUUAAGGUUUUCUUUUUUCUCUGUUAAAUAAAUAGUAUACUGUACAUUCAUUAAGGAUCUUAAGAAUACAUAUCCCAAGAGGGGUUUCAAAAAUAAUUGCAGGAAAACUAUAAAGUUAUAAAUGUAUAAGGAUGUCUCUACAUCUAGAAUUUGUCAUUUUCUAAUAGAGUUUUAAAAUGCAUCUCCUUUAUUGCUGCAAGUUUCUUUUAUAUUUGAU